GAUCGAUGCAAACAAUUCCUGACUGACUUCUACAUCGAAGAUGGCAUCGAGAAAAAAUUUGUCUAUGCGGAGCAAUUAACAAACAUUGCUCAUCGUGAACAAGUAGACAUCACCGUCGAUCUGGAUGAUGUUCAGGAGAUUGAUGCUGAGCUAGCAGAAUCCAUUACUGGCAAUACCAGACGUUAUAUUCAGAUAUUUUCCGACGUCAUUUUUGACCUUAUACCAGAUUACAAACUAAAAGAGCCAACAAAUAAGGAUGCAUUAGACAUCUUCAUUGAGCAUCGACUGUUAAUGGAGCAACGAAAUCAUCCUGACAAUGCCGCAGAUGCUUUUAGAGAAGCUCGCAAUAAGUAUCCACCCGAAUUACUUCGAAGAUUUGAAGUCCAUUUCAAGCAUAUGUCUCGUGUCAAACCUUUGCCAUUAAGAAAGAUCAAAGCUGAAAGUAUCGGAAAAUUAGUCGUUGUUCGCGGUAUUGUUACUCGUGUAACCGAAGUUAAACCAAUGAUGUCUGUUGCUACAUACACUUGUGACCAGUGUGGUGCAGAAUCUUAUCAACCGAUCGCUAGCCCUAAUUUUAUCCCUCUUUCGACUUGUCCAAGUCAAGAGUGCCGUUCCAACAAUUCCGGCGGACGACUGUAUCUGCAAACCAGAGGUUCCAAAUUUACUAAAUACCAGGAACUGAAGAUACAAGAACAUAGCGAUCAAGUACCUGUUGGUCAUAUUCCUCGCUCGAUGAAUAUCAUUGCCAAGGGUGAGCUGGCUCGAUUAGCUACGCCCGGGGAUCACAUUUGCGUAACAGGAAUCUUCUUACCUGCCCUCAAGUCUGGAUUCCGACAAGUAACACAAGGAUUGCUGUCGGAUACCUUUUUAGAAGCCCAUAAUAUUAUAAAGAUGAAUAAAUCUGAAGAUGAUGAACUUAGAGCCGAUACUUUAACCGAGGAAGAACUGAGCGCAUUAGAAGAUGCUAAGAACAUGUACGAACGGCUAGCUUGGUCCCUAGCUCCAGAAAUUUAUGGCCAUGAAGAUAUCAAGAAGGCUCUAUUAUUACUUCUUGUUGGUGGUGUUGAUAGAUCACCUCAUGGCAUGAAAAUUAGAGGUAACAUUAAUAUUUGCUUAAUGGGCGACCCUGGUGUUGCAAAGAGUCAACUGCUGUCAUACGUUGACCGUGUUGCUCCUCGCAGUCAAUAUACAACUGGCCGUGGUAGCUCUGGUGUUGGUCUAACCGCUGCUGUCAUGCGAGAUCCAAUUACGAACGAAAUGGUGUUAGAGGGUGGUGCUCUAGUAUUGGCAGAUCAAGGUAUAUGUUGCAUUGAUGAAUUCGACAAGAUGUUAGAUCACGAUAGAACCGCAAUACAUGAAGUAAUGGAACAACAAACCGUCUCUAUUGCAAAGGCUGGUAUUAUAUCAAAUUUGCAUGCGCGUGUGUCUGUUCUUGCUGCCGCUAACCCUGUAUGUGGACGCUACAAUCCUAGAAAGACUGCCGAACAAAAUAUCCAGUUGCCUGCAGCUUUGUUAUCAAGAUUUGACUUACUCUGGGUCAUCAGAGAUAAACCCAAUCGAGACAAUGAUCUAAGACUUGCACAACAUAUUACUUAUGUUCAUCAAAAUUCAGUUCAGCCUCCUAGUCAUAUAAAACCGCUAGAUAUGAAAUUCGUCAGUCGUUAUAUCGCAACUUGCAAGGCAAAGAAUCCCACUGUUCCAGAAAAUUUGACUGAUUAUAUCACUAGCGCAUACAUUGAAAUUCGCAAAGAAGCUCGUAAUAACAUCGACUCAACGUAUACAUCAGCUAGAACACUGCUGUCAAUUCUACGAUUGGCUACUGCAUUAGCUCGCCUCCGAUUAGCCGAUGAUGUUGACAAGGAUGAUAUAGAGGAAGCAAUUAGGCUGACGGAAAUGUCGAGAGCCUCGCUCAGUGAUGACAUAAAAAAACCUGAGCACAUGCUACCAAUUGAUGCUAUAUACGAGCUAAUAAAAGAGAUUGUUGAUGAAGAUGGUAGCAGCAGUGUUAGAGUCUCAGAUGCAAAGCAAAGAACAUUAGCGAAGGGUUUUACUUCCGAUCAAUUUAACCAGUGCUUACAAACCUACGAAGAAUUAAAUGUUUGGCAGAUCAAUCAAUCUCGCACUCGUAUAACUUUUAUUGUAUAA